UUUAUUAGAAAAAAAAUCUUUGAAUCUCAGUGCAAGUGGAAUCACACACCUAAGCACGACUUAAUAAAAAAAUCUGUCUUAAAAUAGUUAUUCAUUUUACGAUAAUGGUAAGGUUCUCUUAAAAUGGUUGUUUCCCACUUCCACAACAAAUUUCUCAUGGCGUCUGGUUCUGAACAGCGAUGGAGCACUGUAACAUUACAAUUACUUCUUGUAAUUACGGUUUCAGCACCGUUAUUCACGGCUGCAUGCUCCUCUUACUCUUCCAUCUUCAGCUUCGGUGAUUCCAUUGCCGACACUGGCAACCUGUAUCUCAGCUCCCAACCACCCUCUGAUCACUGUUUCUUCCCUCCCUAUGGCCAAACUUACUUUCAUCAUCCGUCUGGACGUUGCUCCGAUGGACGCCUCAUCAUUGAUUUCAUCGCUGAGUCAUUGGGAAUUCCAAUGGUGAAACCAUAUUUAGGAAUUAAGAAUGGUGUAUUGGAAGAUAAUAGUGCAAAGGAAGGAGCAAAUUUUGCUGUUAUAGGAGCAACGGCGUUGGACGUUAGUUUCUUUGAAGAGAGGGGUGUUGGUUUUAGUACCAAUUAUUCUUUGACAGUUCAAUUGAAUUGGUUCAAGGAACUUCUCCCUUCUCUUUGCAAUUCCUCCAAAAACUGCCAUGAAGUUUUUGCAAACUCAUUAUUUCUUAUGGGAGAGAUCGGAGGUAACGACUUCAAUUAUCCUUUAUUUAUACGAAGGAGCAUAGUAGAGAUUAAAACAUACGUGCCACAUGUAAUCAGUGCAAUCACUUCAGCAAUCAAUGAGUUGAUUGAUCUAGGUGCACGCACGCUCAUGAUCCCUGGGAAUUUCCCAUUGGGAUGCAAUGUAAUUUACUUAACAAAAUAUGAAACUACAGAUAAGAGCCAAUAUGACUCAGCUGGUUGCUUGAAGUGGUUAAACGAAUUUGCUGAAUUUUAUAAUCAGGAGCUCCAAUAUGAGUUACAUAGGCUAAGAAGAAUUCAUCCUCAUGCUACUAUAAUCUAUGCUGAUUACUACAAUGCUCUUUUGCCAUUAUAUCAAAAUCCCACUAAAUUUGGUUUUACAGGUCUUAAAAACUGUUGCGGGAUGGGAGGUUCAUAUAAUUUCGGAUCAGGAUCUUGUGGUAAACCAGGUGUGUUUGCUUGUGAUGAUCCUUCUCAGUAUAUUGGAUGGGAUGGUGUUCAUUUGACUGAGGCUGCUUAUAGAUUAAUUGCUGAUGGCAUCAUUAAUGGACCAUGUUCUGUCCCUCAAUUUAGUAACUUGUGCUCCGUGAAUGUGAGCUAUGAAUAUGGUCAUUUCAAUAGCUAGAACGUUUAUUUGCCAAGCUGCCAUUAAUAGUAAUAAGGCUAGGCAAGGCAUCGUAUCUUUGGAGCAUAUACAAAAAUUCAAUUUUCACUUGCUGUAAUCAUAACAAUAAUUGUUUGACAAGUUUUAUUUAACAUUCAAUAAAUAAGCCUCUUAUUGGUGCUACUUGCAUCUCAA